AUGCGCACACGCAAAGCCAACAAGUCCAAACGAUUCAGCUUUGCCGACACUUACGGCAUCGAGUCGGACGAGGGGUCGGACGGGCCGGCUGAGGUCGAGGAUUCUGACGAGGACGACGAUGUCGACUUUGAUGUAACGAAAGAUGCCGAUGAGGGGCAAGGUGGCAGCGACGAAGAUGAAGACGACGACGAGCCCGAUGGAGCUGUUGAGGAUGAGGAGCCACUGGGAGAGGGGGAGGAGCCUGAAGCGGUCGAUGGGGAUGACAUCGUUCCUGUCGAAUCCGAGGACGACGGCGGCGACGAUACAGCCAGGAAGCGCCAAAACAGAGUUCCGAGGGGCAGAGGCAGAUGGAAGAAGAACCUCCCUAAGCGCGCAACUGUUCAUGGCGUGCCUCCGUACCCAACCGACCUGCGGAAAACCCGGGUGUAUGAUGGGCCCUUGAAGCGAUGGACCCGCAGCCACCAGCUUCUCGUCAUGCUAUACGGACCCGGCGAGGCACGCAUCGCUGUCGCAAGAGGCAUGUUCAAGAAAUGGUUUGCGAACCAGGUGCUCCCUAGCAGAACUCACACUGGCAGAGGGGGUGUCAUGCAGAGUCCCUGGUUGGCCGAGGACUACGAGUUGAAACAGAGACAAUGGGCCAGGCUAUGGUACGAGAAGUGUCGCUCUGCCAAGCAAAUUCAACGCUCUCGCAAGAUCCGGCCGGACCACGUCGAGAUGUUCAAGCCAGCCUCGGACAGCUUGAUAUGUUUCGUAGGCCCCUUCAACAACCAGACCCAGGUGCGAUCCAGCUACGGGUUUGGGCAGCCUGUCUCGGAAACUGGACAGCCGCAAGCCGCGAUCGAUCCAAGCUUACAGGAUGGUGCUACACCAGCUAGUGGCUGGCUGUUGGACACAGGCGGCUUGCCACUGGGCAUCGGCUGGGCACCGGUCACGGGACGCCAGGAACAGUACCUGGCCGUUUGUACGGUUCCGCCUUCGGACCAGGAGCUCAGGCUGUCGCGUGUACCUGAAGAAGACCCAGAAGAGAAGAAGAGGGGCAGUAUCCAGAUAUGGUCGAUCCCAUGCCACAAAGAUGGCGGUGGCUAUGCCGGCUUGGUCCACCAUCUUUGGUUCGACUGGGGUCGACCGAAGCGACUACAAUGGUGCCCUGUCCCUUCGCCUGACGACUCGAAAGUCGGGCUACUCGCCGUCUUGUGUGGGGAUGGUCAAGUCAGGGUCGUCGAGAUUUCCAAGCCAACUUCUGGCCAGACAAACUAUGAAUGGAUCACGAACCCGGUUGCCACCGUCGGCUUCACGGACGAGUACAUGGUCCUCGCAACAUCUCUCACCUGGGUCAACACCAACCGCCUCUGUCUGGGCCACACCGAUGGCUCAAUCAGCCUCUGGUCUAUCUACCCCCGGCAGAUGUUGAUGCGGAAAUCCGUCCACAUUAGCUACAUUCUCGACAUCGCCAGCGGCUUCCCUUCAUACCCCUAUCACAUCUCCUCCACACCCGUGGGCGGUUGCCCGACCGUGACCGACCUCAAUCUCCCGAGUGCCGAGACUACGUACAUCCCCAUGGUCGGCGCCGUCAACUUCCAGCACAACCUCGUGGACUGGAACGACCACUUGCAGGGCUUCUUCGGCAUGCACCCGGCGCCGAUCCCGCACAACACCAUCAUCGGGUGGGGCCACAUCCGCUACUACAUGCAGAGCCGCACGCUCAUGACGACGCCCAGCCCGCCCAUGUGCCUCGCGUCCGGGCGGACGCACCCCUUCACCCUGGUCGGCUGCGCGGACGGCAGCCUGUGGGCCAUCAACCCGCUGCGCAUCCUGCUCAAGGACCGCGGCGACCCCAUCUACAAGCUCAAGGUCCUGCAGCACGAGUUCCGGCCCGCGGCCAAGCUCGGCGGCGGCGUGCCGCUGCCGCUGCUGCAGCCGGGCGAGGAGGCCGUCCGCGGCGCAGCGAGGAUCCUGCAGGGCUUCCUGCCCGAGAUGAACAGCAACCCGCGCGCCGAGUACGUGAGGGAGCAGAACAAGAAGAGGAACGAGGCGAACAGGAGGAAGUCCAAGGGCAAGGGGAAGAAGAAGGCGCUCGAUGACGGUGAUAUGGAUAUCGAUGACGAGGAUGACUUGCUGACGAAGGGGGAGGGCAAGGCGCUGUCGAAGCUGCUGGAUGAGACCAGAGCCGUUGUCCACGACGCAAGGACGAGAGUCGUGGUGGCAGCGUGGAAUCCCAAUGUCGAGUGUGGUUGGUGGGCGGCCGCCGCGAUGGGGUCGGGGCUGGUCAAGAUCAUGGAUCUUGGGGUCGGAGAAUAA